GCUUCCGGUUAGAUUGUUGUUGACCAUGGCGGCGUUGCGGAGGCUGGCGGGCUCGCAGAGGUUGCUGGGGUUACCGAUUCGUGCGGUCUCCUCCGGCCAAACAACGAAUCCCACGGUUUCUACCCGGAUCCCGCCGGCUCGCCCUCUGGACGUGGUUGAGUGGCACCCAGAGGAGACGAAAGAGGAGAAGAACCUUUUCGCCAAGAAUCCAGACUUUCAUGGCUUCAAUGAAGAUCCUGCUGUUGAUGUGCUGAAUAUGCGUGCUGCCUUCUUCUUUGGAGUAUCUGUUUGCCUUGUACUGGGCACUGCAUACCUGUAUUAUCUGCCUGAUCAUAAGCAGCAUCUUUGGGCUCGCCAGGAAGCUGAACGAAGAGUUAAGCGGCGAACUGAGCAAGGACUGCCCGUCAUUUCCUCUUAUUACUAUGACCCUAGCAAGAUUGUGCUGCCUCCUGAAGAAGAGGAAUGAUCACUUUAACGUUUGCUUGUAUGUUGAGAAUAAACCUCUUAAGAUAUCUA